AUGAGUGUUCCGCUGUCUCUGCGCUUGGCCUUGGGGCCAUGCCGAGAAGCUCCCAGCGCCUAUCCUAGGACCUCAUGUGCUAUGGUCAAGACCUCUUUGGUGCAACUACGAUGCGUUCCCUUGUUAGCCAUCCGACGAAACCACCUUGGGCAGCUGUCGUAUUCAAAGGCGUCUCAGACCUCCAGAAAAUAUGCGACUGCCGCAACUGCGCCACCUGUUCCAGUCGUACCUUUUUCCUCCUUGACCGUGGGCGUACCUCGUGAGACCUAUCCAAACGAGCGUCGUGUUGCCUUGACACCGCAGAAUGUUGCCCUGUUGCUCAAAAAAGGAUUCUCGCGCGUCCUGAUCGAACGCGGCGCUGGAGAGGAGGCUCAGUUAUACGAUCAAGUAUACGAGCAAGCAGGGGCAACGCUAGUCGACCGGGAUGUCAUCUGGUCCCAGAGUAACAUCGUGUUGAAAGUUCGCAGUCCUCGACAGGAAGGUCCUAUCGAUGAGAUCGGAGCACUUCGUCAGGGAAGCACAAUUAUUUCAUUCCUCUAUCCGGCACAGAAUAGACCAUUGGUUGAGCAACUCGCCUCACGUGGUGUCACAGCUUUUGCUAUGGACUUGAUACCAAGAAUAUCUCGUGCGCAAACAUACGAUGCUCUGAGUUCUAUGGCCAACAUUGCUGGGUAUAAAGCUGUCUUAGAAGCAUCAAAUCAUUUCGGCCGAUUUCUGACAGGCCAAGUUACUGCCGCUGGAAAGAUCCCUCCUAGCAAAGUUCUAGUCAUUGGAGCUGGCGUGGCUGGCCUAAGUGCAAUUGCAUCAGCCCGUCGCUUGGGAGCUAUCGUUCGAGGAUUUGAUACCCGCUCUGCUGCGCGCGAACAAGUUCAAUCUCUAGGUGCAGAGUUUAUCGAGGUGGAUAUCCAAGAAGAAGGCUCGGGUCAGGGUGGGUAUGCCAAAGAAAUGUCGAAGGAGUUUAUUGAAGCAGAGAUGAAGCUCUUCAUGGAACAGUGUCGGGAAGUGGAUAUCAUUAUCACCACGGCUCUCAUUCCAGGGAAGUCUGCACCCAAACUCAUUACCAAAGAGAUGGUCACUGCUAUGAAGCCGGGAUCCGUCAUUGUUGACCUUGCGGCAGAAGCGGGUGGAAACUGCGAAGCAACUGUUCCUGGACAAUUGACCAAGUUUCAAGAUGUCACUAUUAUUGGAUAUACUGAUCUUCCGUCCCGCCUGCCAACCCAAUCCUCUACGCUGUACUCCAAUAACAUCACCAAGUACCUUUUGUCCAUGACCCCACAGGAGAAGUCCUUCGGCAUAGAUUUGACUGAUGAAGUUGUUCGUGGUUCCAUCGUCACCCUCAACGGAGAAAUAGUCCCACCUGCACCGCGGCCUGCACCACCGGCGCCUAAGCAAGAGGUCACUGCGCCUGCAAAGGAACCAGAGCUGGCACUGUCACCCUGGCAGAAGGUUACGCGCGAUGUUGCGACCACAACCGCUGGCAUGGGAACUGUCGUUGCUCUGGGCAAGGCUACGGGACCGGUCUUCAUGGGUAACAUGUUGACCUUUGGGCUUGCCGGUCUAGUCGGUUACCGUGCAGUAUGGGGUGUUGCGCCAGCGCUUCACUCUCCGUUGAUGAGCGUUACCAAUGCUAUUUCUGGCAUGGUUGGAGUCGGCGGCUUCUUCAUCAUGGGCGGAGGAUACGUACCUAGUACGAUACCCGAAGCGCUGGGGGCUGCCUCGGUCCUGCUGGCAUCUAUGAACGUUUCCGGCGGGUUUGUGAUUACCAAACGCAUGCUGGAUAUGUUUAAGCGUCCAACCGACCCGCCCGAAUAUCCGUGGCUCUAUGCCAUACCAGCCGUCUUGUUUGGCGGGGGCUUUUUUGCCGCUGCCAGCACUGGAAUGGCGGGGCUAGUGCAAGCUGGAUAUCUUGUCAGCAGUGUGCUCUGUAUUGCUUCAAUAUCGGGCCUUGCUUCUCAAAACACUGCCAGACGCGGCAACAUCCUUGGUAUUCUUGGAGUAGGCGCCGGAAUCAUUGCUUCUCUGGCAGCUGUAGGGUUCUCUCCCGAGGUCCUGGCUCAGUUUGGUGUUGUGGCUGGCGUUGGUUCUCUUGUUGGAACACUAAUCGGACGACGGGUUACCCCAACUGGACUUCCUCAGACUGUUGCUGCUCUCCACUCCGUGGUCGGGCUGGCUGCUGUGCUUACUAGUAUAGGAAGCGUGUUGGCUGAUGUUUCUGACAUAUCGACAUUGCACAUGGUGACGGCAUAUCUGGGUGUUCUAAUUGGUGGCGUUACUUUCACUGGGUCCAUCGUGGCUUUCCUGAAGCUUGCCGGUCGUAUGUCUUCGAGGCCUAUGAUACUGCCGGGUAGACACUUGAUCAAUUCCACCCUUCUCGGAAGUAAUGUGGCUGCAAUGGGAGCGUUUGUUACCAUGGCGCCUGGAUCCCCAGUAAUUGCAGCGACAUGUUUAGGUGCAAACACCUUGCUCAGCUUCCUGAAGGGUUACACUACGACUGCUGCUAUUGGCGGAGCCGAUAUGCGUGUAGCGGUGGUGAUUACCGUUCUCAAUGCAUACUCUGGAUUUGCUCUGGUUGCGGAAGGAUUUAUGCUCAAUAACCCUCUUCUCACGAGCGUAGGGUCCUUGAUUGGAGUUAGCGGUUCGAUCCUGUCGUACAUCAUGUGUGUUGCUAUGAAUCGAUCCCUGACCAAUGUCCUGUUUGGUGGAAUUGCGGCUCCUUUACAGGCAAAGAAGAUAGAAGGCCAGGUGACCCAGACGACUGUUGACGACACGGUGGAAGCGUUAUCCAAUGCGGAAAGCGUCAUCAUUGUCGUUGGGUAUGGCAUGGCUGUAGCAAAGGCGCAGUAUGCCUUGGCCGAGAUUGUGCGUAUGCUCCGCGCCAAAGGCGUCACGGUGCGGUUUGCAAUCCAUCCGGUCGCGGGCAGAAUGCCAGGUCAAUGCAAUGUCCUUUUGGCAGAGGCCUCUGUGCCUUAUGAUAAAGUUGUGCUGGAAAUGGAUGAGAUCAACGACGACUUCCCUGACACCGAAGUCACCCUUGUCAUCGGGGCAAACGAUACCGUCAACCCAAGCGCCCUGGAGCCCGAUUCUCCGAUCUCAGGCAUGCCAGUGCUACACGCAUGGAAGAGCAAGGAAGUGGUUGUGAUGAAGCGUGGCAUGUCCAGCGGAUACGCCGACGUACCGAACCCGAUGUUCUUCAUGCCUGGAACGAGGAUGCUGUUUGGCGAUGCAAAGACAUCAUGCGAUGCCAUCAAAACUGCUCUUGAAGCACGUAACUAG